CCUUAUCAAAUUCUAAGAAGUGAUCCCUCACUCUUCAGAUAGUCCAGGGAUAUCUGGCGGAGAGGAAGCAACUCAGAGUGAAGCCUUUGCGCGACAAGAUAUAAUUUUUUUACUACAAAUAUAUACAUAUUUAUCUCAAUUAGUUUUUAUUUCGAUUUGCUCCUUGUCGAGAGGAGGACGCGUUGCACCAUGGCAGCAGUGGCUGUACUAAGGAACGAGACGCUCCACGCUUUUCUCCAGGAUCGCACUCCGAACUCUUCCCCGGAGAACUGCAAACACUCUCCCCUGGCUCUCCUGGCGGCCACUUGUAACCGGAUCGGGCACCACCACCACCACCACGGAUCGAAUCCCGCCGAUUUCCUCCAGGUGCCUUAUGACCCCACACUGAGCUCUCCGUCGCGUUUGUUUCACCCGUGGAGUAACGAAGGGAAUCACCAGACCGCUCUUUCCAGCAGCAAUUCCACUUUCGGACUACCUUCCAAGCCCCAGCUAUCCGCGCACAUCCAGAGCUCCUUCAGCUCACACCACCACGAGCUACCGCUCACCCCUCCGGCAGACCCCUCGUAUCCCUAUGACUUCUCCCCGGUCAAGAUGCUCCCCUGCUCGAUGCAGUCCCUGCAGUCCACCUGCCCCCCCACCUACGUCCCCGCGGUCACUUACGCAGCCCCGGCUCCCAUCGCGCCCUCGAUGUCCAGCUUUGUGACGGGACACUCCGGCCUCAUGCACCAGCAGCAGCGCCAGUUGUCCCCCAACCACGGGGAGGAUAUCCCCUGGUGGAGCCUCCAGCAGGGGGGCCAUGUGAGCCACCCGUCGUCCCUCGGCCACCACCGGUUCCAGCUGCAGCGGGGCUUGGUGCUCGGACAUACGGACUUUGCGCAAUACCAGACGCAGAUUGCCGCGUUACUGCACACCAAGUCCCCUCUCGCGUCUGCCCGGCGGUGCAGGAGGUGCAGGUGUCCGAACUGCCAGUCGUCGACCUCCAACGACGAGCCCGGGAAGAAGAAACAGCACAUAUGUCACAUCCCGGGCUGCGGGAAAGUUUACGGCAAGACGUCGCACCUGAAGGCGCACCUGAGGUGGCACUCGGGGGAGCGGCCGUUUGUGUGCAACUGGCUCUUCUGUGGCAAGAGCUUCACCAGGUCGGACGAGCUGCAGAGACACUUGAGGACUCAUACGGGGGAGAAGCGCUUCGUGUGCCCGGACUGUUGCAAAAGGUUCAUGCGGAGCGACCACUUGGCAAAGCACGUGAAAACGCACCAGAACAAAAAGAGCAAAUGCCACGAAAAGACGUCGGGCCUCGACCACCGUGUGAAACGGGAAGACCCCAGGAAUAUGUUGUAACACGUAGAGUAGAAGUUCAUUAGUGCAAUACAGGUUCUAUAUUAGUAAGGUCAGCUGUCCCAUGCCCUUCCUUCCUAGAGUAUUUGGUUUAUUUCUUACUGAUACUAGUUGUUUUUUCUUAAACAUUGUGGGUCUUCCAGGGCUUAUUCUAGUCUAGUUGGCCUACUUUUGUUUCUGUAUAUAGUCUCAUAAAAAAUAUUUUGGGAUUCAACCCCCCAAAAAAACUUCUAAAAUAAUUCAUGAGCUCAUGAGUUUGGAUUCAGUGUCUAUAUCAUAUCCAGCGAGACAAGUGUGCAGCUUGUGUUUGGACCGUUGUCUUCGUUGGAAGAUCUCCCUCAUAUGUAAAUUAUAUUUAAUAGCUUUUGUUGAAUGAAAGUGUCCGUUGUUUGCUCCAUUAUGGGGUGCUCUUAGCAUGCUCUUGGAAAGAUCUGCUAUUGUUGAAAUGACCCAAAUACUGUGUGAGA